UUCAGCCUGAUUGAAUGUCCGUACUGCAUAAGUUGGCGGCUGGGACUUAAAAAAAUUGAAACACCCUCUCUCCUACUCUGGCAACUCCGAAAGACUCAACUAUUUCUCAAGCCCAAAGCCCUCAAAAUCAAAAUCGCCGCUAUUCACUUUGGGGAUUUCAUAGUGCCACGAGAUCUUAAGCAUUUUUGAGAAACAGGAGUUUAGAAUUAGAAUGAUGGAGAUGAGCUGUGCUGAGCACCACAAUUACGCUGCGGCUUCUCAGUUUAUCACUCUCACAGUUGGGAGGGUGUUGGGGGCGUUGAAAUUGGAGUCUACGCCGAUAAACACAAAAGGGUAUGAGGCAUUGUUGGGUUUGGUGGAGAAUACAUCUUCUGGGGAUAGCUUUGAUUUGUAUUAUGAGUUGUUUAUGCACAACGAAAAUGCUUUGGAGAUAUUGGAGAGGUUGGGCUUGGCUUUUGAUGCCCUGAAGAAUCAGCUUUUUGGGUAUUUGCACCAGUUUGUGGGAAACCAAUUGUUUGGCAAUGGCAAUGCAGAUAAAGUAGCAGCACCUUUGCAGGAAGAUCAACAAGGAACUGCAUUGGUAUCUUCUUCAACAUCAAAAGCUAUGAGAUGGCAGAAUGCUGCUCAGCCACAGGACCACAAAGCACAGAUUUCAGAUCGUUUUGUUGACAACAACUCAACGCUCAAGAUUGCAAUUGUUGGUUUUGGAAACUUUGGUCAGUUCCUCGCUAAAACAAUGGUACGUCAAGGCCAUUUAGUUCUAGCCUACUCUCGAUCGGAUUGCACCGAUGUGGCUCAAAAAUUAGGGGUUUCUUACUUCUCCAAUGCAGAGGAUCUUUUCGAAAAGCUUCCAGAAGUAGUACUGAUUUGUACUUCCAUUCUUUCAACUGAGAAAGUCCUUAGGUCAUUGCCAUUACAAAGGUUGAAGAAGAAUACUUUGUUUGUUGAUGUUCUUUCGGUAAAAGAAUUUCCAAAAAAUCUGUUACUUCAAAAUUUGCCGCUGGAUUGUGAUAUACUCUGUACACAUCCUAUGUUUGGACCAGAGAGUGGUAAAAAUGGGUGGAAUGGUCUUCCUUUUGUUUACGACAAGGUCAGGGUUGGAGGUGACGAAUCAAGAGUAUCACGGUGCAACAAAUUUCUGGACAUAUUUGCACGGGAAGGGUGCAAAAUGGUUGAAAUGUCUUGCAUAGAACAUGAUACGCAUGCAGCAGCGUCACAAUUCAUUACACACACUGUGGGAAGGGUUCUGGGAAAGUUGGGUUUGAAAUCGACAGCAGUCGACACAAAUGGUUACAAGACUUUGUUGAGUUUGGUGGAGACUACGGCAGGAGAUAGCUUUGGUCUCUACUAUGGGUUGUUCCUGUACAAUAUGAAUGCAAUGGAACAGCUAAAAAUGUUGGACAUGGCUUUUGAAUCAUUAAAGAAGCAGCUUUUUAGGCGUUUGCAUGGUGUUAUUCAUAAUCAAAUUUUUGAGGAAAAACCAGAUAAGUCUAAAGUUAUGCAGUAAAGAAGACACUGACCAUUAUCUGAAGACAUGAGUGAGUUCAAAUUGUUGGAGGUUUUUUUGGUUGUCCCUGCAUUUUGCUGCUGACUUGGAGAUGUGUUGUAUCGUUU